AUAUGUUAUAAUGAACGUUUGGAAAUAAAUAUGAAUUUCGAAGAAGAAUUUGAAGAUACUACACAUAAAAAUGAAGUUGAUACAUUAUUAGACGAAGCUGAAGAAUUUCAGAGUAUUAGCAUAAUUGAUGAAGGGCUUGCAAAGGCGAUAUCAG